CCACCAAUCAUUAUCGAUAGCCUGCUUGUUUACGUCCAAAACUUGUGAGGACCGUGGAGCGCUUCCCAAAUGUCCGCAGUAGGCAGCGAACAGUCUUGAAUUCUUCACCUUGGACUCAGAUGGAAGAUUGAAGGUGGUAAUCAUGGAUCUCGACACAGCUGCGCAUCCGAACCCGGUCGCGGAUCGUCACCACCGCAAAGUCGAACUCCAGUCCCCCAAUGACCUCACAUACCUGCAAUCCAACCUCGUCGCCUGCGCGCGUCAAAAACUCGAUCUACACUUUCCCCCUUCGGCCGCGGUGCAGGACAUUCUGCAGCCUGCGACAGUCAUACAACUGGGCGGCACCCAGCCGACCACCAGCGGAACGGAGCAGGGUCGCGACACGCAAGGGCAGGAUGGGGACGAGGUCGAGGAUCCGCUGCGAGCGCGCGUCCGCGAAGUCGUCGAGGCCUUCAUCACGCGCACGUGGGAAGGCGCGUGCAAGAACAUCACCGUCAACGGGCUGGAUGCGACGGCCCUGCCCGGCGCGUUGAGGUCCGCGGGCGGCGGAGAUCCCGCGACCGCACAGCAGCAAGACGAGCCGAAAGAGGAGAAGGAAGGGGUCGACUUUGUCCACGAGGCGUACGACAGCCGGCUGCAGGCCAGAGUCGCGGCGCUCUACGGGGAACUGGAGACAUUGACUACGCAAGUGAGCAAGCUGAGAAGGACGGCUCCAGCGCGAGGAGCGGAGACGCUCGCGAACAGGCUGAAGGAAGAGAUGGAAGCAGAUGGUGUCGAAUUCGAGAGGCGCAUCGCCAUGUCGCGGGAAGCAGAUGCUGGAGGAGACGUUCUUGGAUUGAAGCCACUCAGAGAUGGAUGGCUCGACGACGCCAAUGCCAUGUAUGAACGCGGGACGAACGAGCUUGCCGCGCUGGCCGGCGUCAACCGCGCCGAUGGCGACGCCAAUCACCGAGUAUAUGGUGCAAGUCUGACCGAGACAUUGGGCAAGAUUCAACGUGCGAGGACGGUGGCUAUGGAGUUUGAGUGAGCAAACAUGAUGACAAGAGAGCCACAUGCAUCCCGCAAAGAUCAGGAUGCUAUCAAUCCGAAUUCGACUCAACGGAUGUGGGUCACUUCAGUCUUUUCCCCAUCUCAGUGAAUGCCCACGAUCGGCCUGGGGACACUUCGAAGUCAGACAAUUAGGGUCUGCUUAUCGAGAGUCCGAUGAUCCUUGUCCGUGUGGCAUCCCGUCGGCCCCGUCCGUAACGAGGAACGCUCCUCUUGAUCACCGUUCCAGAAAGCGUCGACCACGAGAAGUCAAAUUUCUCACCAAACGUGAUGCAGCAAAGCAUCUGUGCUCAUGAAGUCCAGAGCAGUCAAGACGUACCGGUUCAUUCUACGUCACCAUUUGGUUGAGGUCAAUCUAUAGGAUGAUCUCUGGGCUCACGGAGGGGGAAAAAGAUGCUAAUCAGGAGAGUUGACCAAAGAUGUCAGUGCCGGUGCUUGCCGGGAUCCAUAUUGAUCUAUCAAUAUCGUGUCGAUCGCCUGUCUAGGAUAGGCAACGAACCCAGAUGUGCCGUGAAGAGUCGGACAAGAAGGAUAGAGAAAGCCCGCUUGAGAAGAAGCGAGCAGUAUUCGGAGGCAAAUAUCAGAAGAUCUCCGCCGAAAGCCAAUGUAUCAUCAAAAUGUACAACAAGCAAGUGCAGGAGCGGCUCUGAACUCAGGUCCUGGCGCCCUGUUCUUCCGUUUCUUCUGCCUUCUUCAACAUCUGUAGGCGUCCCAUGGAACUUCCUUCUUAGCGCUCUGUCGAAAAGGUCCGAGAUGAAAAUAUCUACGACCCUGCUGCCUCUUCAAUGGGC